CUCUUGAACAGCACCAUGUCACUCUCCGUGCGCACCUCUGGGCUGCCCCAGUGGCUGUCCUCCCAAAGUGGGAGAGCCAAGGGCAUUUCUGCCUCAAGCAUCGGAAGCAGCUACGGGGGAAGUGCCUUUGGCUUUGGAGGCAGCUGUGGGGGAGGCUUUUCAGCUGCUUCCAUGUUUGCUUCUAGUUCUGGCUUUGGUGGUGGCUCUGGAAGUUUCUUUGCAGGAGGACUGGGCGCUGGUUAUGGAGGAGCCAGGGGAGGUGGCUUUGGGAGCCUGGGGAUUGGAUUUGGGGGAAGCCCAGGAGGGGGCUCUCUAGGGAUUCUCUCUGGCAAUGAUGGAGGCCUUCUUUCUGGAUCAGAAAAGGAAACUAUGCAAAAUCUUAAUGACAGACUGGCUUCCUACCUGGAUAAGGUUCGAACUCUAGAAGAGGCUAACGCUGACCUAGAAAACAAAAUUCGAGAAUGGUACGAAACACAAGGAUCUGGGACUGGAGACCCCGGGUCACAGAAUGAUUAUAGUAAAUAUCAUCUGUUGAUUGAAGACCUCAGGAAUAAGAUCAUUUCUGACGGCACUGCAAAUGCCCAGCUGCUCUUGCAGAUCGACAAUGCAAGACUGGCUGCCGAGGACUUCAGAAUGAAAUACGAAAAUGAGCUGGCCCUGUGCCAGAACGUGGAGGCCGACAUCAACGGCCUGCGCAAGGUGCUGGACGAGAUGACCCUGGCCAGAGCCGACCUGGAGAUGCAGAUCGAGAUCCUGAAUGAGGAGCUGGCCUACCGGAAGAAGAAUCACGAGGAGGAGCUCCAAAGCUUCCGGGCCGGCGGCCCAGGCCAGGUCAGCGUAGAAAUGGACGCUGCCCCCGGAGUGGACCUCACGAGCCUCCUUAACGACGUGCGGGGGCAGUACGAAGCCAUAGCCCAGCAGAAUCGGGAGGACGUGGAAGCCUGGUUCAUUGAAAAGAGCGCCGAGCUCAGGAAGGAGAUCAGCAGCAACACCGAGGAGCUUCAGUCCAGCAAGAGCGUGGUCACCGACCUGCGGCGCGCGCUUCAAACCCUGGAGAUCGAGCUCCAGUCCCAGCUCGCCACGAAGAAAUCCCUGGAGGACUCGCUGGCCGAAACCGAGGGCGACUACUACGGCCAGCUGUCCCAGGUGCGGCAGCUCAUCGGCAGCCUGGAGGAGCAGCUGCUGCAAGUGCGCGCCGACGCCGAGCGCCAGAGCGCCGACUACCAGUUGCUGCUGAACAUCAAGGCCCAUCUGGAGCUGGAGAUCGAGACCUACCGCCGCCUGCUGGACGGAGAAGCCCAAGGUGACUGUUUGGAUGAAAGUUCCCAUGUGACAGCCUCCAACUCUCAAGCACCGUCAACUGAUUCCUCCAAAGACCCUACCAGAGCCCGAAAAAUCAAGACAAUUGUGCAGGAAGUGGUGAAUGGUGAGGUGGUCUCCUCCCAAGUUCAGGAAAUUGAAGAACUAAUAUAA